AUGUCCUAUAUACUGGGUUGGUAUCUGACAUACCGAUACGUUGUGUGGGUUAACCUGGCCUGCAGCAUACUAGGAGUGGCGCUUUUGAUGACGGUAACCGAAAGCCCUGUUUACCUUUUGCGGCAGAACAGAGAAGAGGAUGCUAGACUAGCUAUAGCUCAUUACAGAGGAGAGUCGCCUGCAUCAAAAAUAGUUUUGGAGGAAGUGUCGCGGCUAAAACAACAGAUAACGCCUGCUGUUGAACUAAUAGCAACGAAUAUUGAAGACAACCCUAAAAGAAAAGAAGCGGAGAAGGAAAAACUCAAUACGGAUGAUUUUUCUCCAAAAAUGCAAACGAGAAUGUCGCCUCUCAAAGUACUGUUUUUAUCACCAUCAUCACGUCGAGCAUUCAUCGUGGUGGGAUUAUGCCUUGCUUUGCAGGUCAUGAUGGGCAUGUUACCUGUGCAAGUGUACGCGAAACAGAUUUUUACCCAAGCAGCCCCAAGUCUGUCGUCUCACUUCUGUUCCAUUAUGUUAGGUAUGGUCCUCCUCGUUGGAAGUUUAUCAAGUCUUGUGAUGACUGACAAGUGUGGAAGAAAGUUCCUUUUGAUAAUUUCGUCGAUAUUGGUAGCCCUUUGCCUCAGCUCUAUGGGCAUAUUCAUGCAGACUGAUAUUGUACCACCGUGGGUGACUGCAGUGCUCAUCCUGGUGUACUGUUUCUCUUUCAUGUUUGGAGCCGGUAGCAUACCAUACGUAUUAAUCGCCGAAUGUUUCAUGCCAGAGGUACAAGGUUUAGCGACUGUACUCUUAGGUGAAAUGGUCUGGCUUUUCAACUUCGCCAUCAUUGGAGUCUUCCCUUUUAUGAUCAAAUACAUCGGUAUCCACAGCUCUUUUUACAUAUUCGCUUGCUGCGCCGUCUUUAAUAGUUUCAUUGCCUACUUUCUCGUACCUGAAACUAAAGGUCUCACCAAAGAUCAAAUACAAGAAAAAGUGUUAAGAAGAAAAAAAUAA